AUGUAUCUGCUACCAAAAGCACUGUUUAUAGCAACUGUACUGGGAGCACGGACUAAUACUCACGAUAAUCCAGCUGAAUCCGUUAUCAUUACAGCCGGCGAUGCAAUCAAUGCAACUCAAUGGGAUGCCGCGCUUGCCAAAGCAAAUAAUCUCAUUGCGCAAAUAAGCCUAACAGAGAAGGCGUCGAUUGUCACCGGCACGGCUAAUGGAAGCUGCAUCGGAAACAUCGCUCCCAUUGAACGUGUCGGUUUUGGAGGGCUCUGCUUGUCUGAUGGGCCGCAGGGCCUGCACCUCGCAGAUCUGGCCAGCGUCUUUCCCUCGGGGUUGACUGCAGCAGCCACAUGGGAUAGAGUGCUAAUUGGGCGGCGAGGGCAGGCGAUGGGAGCCGAGUUUCGCGGCAAAGGUGCCAAUGUCAUGCUUGGUCCCUCGGCCGGUCCCCUCGGGCGCAGCCCAUGGGGAGGACGUAACUGGGAAGGGUUCUCCCCUGAUCCUUAUCUCUCAGGCGUUGCCAUGCAGGAGACUAUCCGCAGCGCGCAGGCUGUUGGUGUGCAGGCUUGUGCCAAACACUAUAUUGGCAACGAACAAGAAACACAUCGUACGAAUUCUGAAAUUAAUGGGGUAGACGUUGCCGGUGUCUCAGCCAUUAUCGAUGACAGAACUCUGCAUGAGCUCUAUCUCUGGCCGUUUGCAGAUGCCGUCAAGGCUGGUGUUGCAUCAAUGAUGUGCAGUUACAACAGAGUCAGCCUGACGUAUUCCUGCGAAAAUUCUUCGCUCCUCAAGAAAAUUCUGAGAGAUGAGCUGGGCUUCCAAGGGUACGUUAUGUCGGACUUUUUUGCGACGCAUUCUGGACCCUUCGCCAUCAACGCCGGCCUAGACCUAAAUAUGCCCGGCUAUCUAUCGGAGACUGAUUUCACCCAUUCGUACUUUGGAACCAAUGUGGUUUCUGGUAUUCGUAAUGGAACUAUUCCUGAAUGGCGGUUGAAUGAAAUGCUCCGUCGAAUCCUGACGCCAUACUACUAUUUCAGCCAGGACCAUGAGUACCCUACAAUAGACCCAUCCUCUUACGCGGUGACCGCAGCAACCUACGGUAUCCUUCCUGCUGGUGAGGCCACACCAGCGGGUCGAGAUGUUCGGGGUAAUCACUCUUUGUUGAUCCGCGAAAUAGGCUCGGCAGGCACUGUGUUGUUGAAAAAUGUGAACAAAACACUUCCAAUUCGGUCAGCCGCGGUCAUUGGAGUCUUCGGUAACGAUGCCCCAGACGUCACUGGAGGUCUUCUUUACCCGAACAACAACUACGGGUCUGAGAUUGGGACCCUCGUCGUCGGCGGCGGGUCAGGCAGCGGCCGUUCCUCUUACAUUAUUUCGCCCCUCGAGGCCAUCAAAGCACGCGCAAGGGAUGAGGGCUCUCGCGUGGUCUAUCUCACAGACAACAACCUCAUUGCGGAGGGGAACUUUAACAGCAUCUACCCUCGGCCUGAUAUUUGCUUGGUUUUCCUCAAGACCUGGGCCCAGGAAGGAAUUGACCGGCAGAGUCUAGAAGCAGACUGGAAUUCCACUCUCGUCGUCAAUAAUGUUGCCUCUAUCUGUCCCAGAACCGUCGUUAUCACACACACGGGUGGUGUGAAUAUAAUGCCCUGGGCAGAUAAUGAGAACGUCACUGCCAUCCUCGCUGCGCAUUACCCUGGGCAAGAGUCUGGAAAUUCCAUCACUGACAUCCUAUGGGGAAAUGUGAACCCUUCGGGAAAGCUACCUUACACAAUCGCAAGGGACAGCUCUGACUAUAACACCCCUAUUCUCAAUCUAAGCGGCCCAGCAGCUGCUCGUUCCGACGCGUGGCAAGUCAAUUUCACCGAGGGAUUGAUGAUCGAUUACCGGCAUUUCGAUGCGCACAACAUCGCCCCGCUGUACGAAUUUGGCUACGGUCUCAGCUACACGACCUUUGAUAUCGUGUCUAAUGUCUCCGUCCAGUAUACCGAUGCAGCAAAGCGCGGGAUCUCCGCCUUGUCGACACCCGCCUCGCACAACACCAGCCAUGCAGGCGGCAACCCGGAUCUUUGGGCCGACCUGCUUCACGUCACAACAACGGUGUCAAAUACCGGGGAUGUAUCCGGCGCCACUGUUGUCCAACUUUACCUCUCCUACCCGCGCGACUCUAUGCCACCAGGAACUCCAGUGAGGGUUCUCCGUGGCUUCGAGAAAGUGACUCUGGAGCCAGCACAGCAGGAAAAUAUUCAUUUCUCUCUCCGACGCCGCGAUCUCAGCUUCUGGGACACUGUACAUCAGAAUUGGAGGAUUCCGGAGGGUCAAUUGCAGCUCAGCGUGGGCUUCAGCUCCAGAGAUCUGCGUUCUUCAACCCUGGUGAAGCUGACAUAG